CAUACAUGUAAUAAACGAAACUGAAACCAUAUGCUUUUAUUCUGUCUGAGAAUAUAUAUUUGGAUUGGAGGAGAACAUGUAGGUAGAGAGAGAAGGGUUAUUGUUUUUAUAUUUUAAAGAAGACUCAUUCAAUCUUCUUUAACAACUUUUUAAACCCUUCUCUCAUUUCUUCUCUCUAAUUAUUUCAACAAUUUUGAUCAGCUCCUUUAAUAUCUUAAGCUGUUACAUAUACAUUUAUAUGCAUUUGUGUGUAUGUGUUUCAUGAUCUUGGAAUUGUUAGUACUUGUUGGAUCUUGAUCAAGAUCAUCUUUUUAUUACAAGGGUUGUGUUGUGAUCUUGCUGUGGGAUUGUAUAACAGAAGCUGCAGAAACCCUUUUGACAGAUUUGUUUGAAGGUGAAUUAGGUAAGGGGUUUUGGGUUUUCUCCAACUUUGAUAAAGAUCUGAUCUUUAGUAUCUUAAGGUGAUUUUCUGAGGGUUUUGAUCUGAUUUUUGAAGAAUUGAGGAUUGUGUGAUCUGUUUUUUGUGAUACUUGAUUAUUAUUGUCUUGUUCGGGUAAAUUUUGAUAAUUGAUCCUUGAUUAAAGAAACAUUGGUUGAAAUUAUAACCUAAUUUUGGGUGGACUCAAGUGAUCUUGAAUUCUUGAUUGAAUAGUAAUCACUUUCAAGGGCCUGUCUGGGGCUAUAUUUUAUAGCGGAGUUUAGGUUCUUGAUAUCGAAUUUAACAUUAUUGGUGACUGAUCAGUGAGCAGCACUGAGGUGAUCCUUGAGCAUAUUGUGGUACCCUCCACUACAGUGGGGCGAUAAGUGUCUGAGACCGAUGUGAAUUAUUGGUGAAAUAUAUUAACCAUCUGAUCUUUUGAGCCAAGGUUUGUUUCUUGCAAGAAGCAAAAGAAGGUUUGAUUUGUAAAAAUGUCUCAUAAAGUUGAAAGGGCUCCACAUCUUCAAUCGAUCAGAUCAUUGCCUGUUGACUUUAGAUUAAAGGAUGCACUAGAAGAUCAUUCUUCCAGGAAUUCGGAGACUGUAACUAUGAUGAAUAGUACUAGGGUUUAUAAUAGUCUCACCAAAAAUGUUGAGGUGGUUGGUACAAAUAUCAAUAAUAAGGUUGAUAGUAAUGGUUUUGAUGAAUCACCUUACGGAAAAGGGCCUUACAGGGGUGAAAGCUUGAAUUCUGCAGCUUCUACUUCGCAAUCAUAUGGCUCAUCAUUUAAUGAUUCCAAAUGGAGUGACACUUCUUAUGAUGCAAAGAAGAAGCUUCAGUCCUGGUUUCAACUUCCAGAUGGGAACUGGGAAUUGGCAAAAAUCCUGACAACUUCGGGGACAGAAUUGGUCAUAUCAUUGUCAGAUGAGAAAGUUCUAAAGGUGAGUGGUGAUACUCUGACACCUGCAAAUCCUGAUAUCCUUGAUGGUGUUGAUGAUCUUAUGCAAUUAAGUUAUCUAAAUGAGCCAUCAGUUUUACACAAUCUUCAGUUCAGAUAUGACCGGGAUAUGAUAUAUACGAAAGCAGGUCCGGUUUUGGUUGCCAUUAACCCCUUCAAAAAGGUUCCCUUGUAUGGAAAUGAUUUCAUUGAAGGAUAUAGGCGUAAAACCAUUGCAAGUCCACAUGUAUAUGCCAUUACAGAUACAGCCUUACGGGAAAUGAUACGAGAUGAAGUAAAUCAGUCCAUUGUAAUAAGUGGUGAAAGUGGAGCGGGAAAAACUGAAACGGCUAAGAUUGCAAUGCAAUAUUUGGCUGCACUUGGAGGCGGAAGUGGCAUAGAAUAUGAAAUAUUAAAAACUAAUCCUAUUCUGGAGGCCUUCGGUAAUGCAAAGACAUCAAGAAAUAACAACUCAAGUCGAUUUGGGAAACUUAUUGAAAUUAACUUUAGUGAAACUGGAAGGAUAUCCGGUGCCAACAUUCAGACUUGUAACAACACACUAAUUUUAUUUGAACAGUCUCGGGUGGUUCAAUGUGCUGAGGGAGAGAGGUCGUAUCAUUCAUUUUAUCAGCUUUGUGCAGGAGCACCACCUUCUCUUAGAGAGAAGUUGAAUUUGAAGACAGCAAUGGAGUAUAACUAUUUGAGGCAAAGCAGUUGCUACUCAAUUCCUGGGGUUGAUGAUGCAAAAGAAUUUCGUGUUGUAACGGAAGCACUUGAUGUUGUUCAUGUCAGCAAAGAAGACCAGGAGAGUGUCUUUGCAAUGCUUUCUGCAGUACUGUGGCUAGGAAAUGUAUCCUUUGCGGCUGUUGAUGAUGAAAAUCACGUCGAACCUGUGAAUGAUGAAGGUCUGGUGACUGUUGCUAAAUUGAUUGGGUGUAAUGUUGCGGACCUAAAGUUAGCCUUGUCAACUCGGAAUAUGAAAGUACGAAACGAGAAUAUAGUGCAAAGGUUGACUCUAUCUCAGGCUAUUGACGCAAGAGAUGCCUUGGCGAAAUCAAUAUAUUCUUGUUUGUUUGAUUGGCUGGUAGAACAAAUUAACAAGUCACUUGUGGUAGGCAAGCGCCGUACUGGAAGAUCCAUUAGCAUUCUUGAUAUCUAUGGUUUCGAGUCAUUCAUUAGAAAUAGUUUUGAGCAGUUCUGUAUUAAUUACGCCAAUGAGAGACUGCAGCAACACUUCAAUCGUCAUUUAUUUAAAUUGGAGCAAGAGGAGUAUAUCCAAGAUGGCAUUGAAUGGGCCAGAGUGGAUUUUGAAGACAAUCAAGAUUGUCUAAGUCUUUUUGAGAAGAAACCGUUGGGGUUAUUGUCUCUAUUAGACGAGGAAUCCACCUUUCCUAAUGGCACAGACUUGACAUUUGCAACUAAGCUUAAGGAGCACCUUCAUUCUGAUCCUUGUUUCAGAGGAGAAAGAGAAAAGGCUUUUACUGUGUGCCACUAUGCAGGGGAAGUUAUGUACGAUACAACAGGGUUUCUGGAAAAGAACAGAGAUUUAUUGCACUUGGAUUCCAUUCAACUAUUAUCUUCUUGCCAGUCCAACCUUCCUCAGGCUUUUGCAGCAAAUUUAGUUGCUCAAUCAGAGUCGAGUCUAAGUGGUCUAUUAAAUAAAUCAGGCGGAGCAGAUUUUCAAAAGCUAAGUGUUGCAACCAAAUUUAAGGGCCAGCUGUUCCAGUUAAUGAAACGCUUAGAGAAUACAACACCACAUUUUAUCCGCUGUAUUAAGCCCAAUAACAAUCAGUCUUCAGGUUUAUAUGACCAAGGACUCGUGCUGCAGCAGCUAAAAUGUUGUGGGGUCCUCGAAGUUGUUCGGAUAUCGAGAUCUGGUUUUCCUACUAGGAUGUCUCAUAAAAAAUUUGCCAGAAGGUACGGAUUCCUCCUUCUCGAGAGUGUAGCAUCCCAAGAUCCACUAAGUGUUUCAGUCUCGAUUCUUCAUCAAUUCGGUAUUCUGCCUGAAAUGUAUCAUAUCGGAUACACAAAAUUGUUCUUUAGAAUGGGACAGAUUAGUGUUCUCGAGGACACAAGAAAUCGUACUCUCCAUAGCAUAUUGCGUGUGCAAAGCUGUUUCAGAGGUCAUCAAGCUCGCCUUAUGGUUAAGGAUCAAAGGAGAAGAAUUACUGCUUUCCAGUCAUUUAUCCGUGCUGAGAAAACAAGGAAGGAAUAUUCAGUCUUAUUAAAACAAUAUCGAGCAGCUGUAGCUAUUCAGAAGCAAUUUAAAGGCAGGAUUGGUAGGGAAAAGUUCAAACAUAUCCAAGAUGCAUCAGUGUUGUUGCAAUCAGUGAUACGUGGCUGGUUAGUUAGAAGAUGCUCGGGAGACGCAGCUUUACUACAAUUUGGGGUUAUGAAGGGUCAUGAGACAGAUAAUGUGCUAGUGAAGGCAUCAUACCUUGCUGACCUCCAGCGUCGGGUACUUCAAGCCGAGUCUGCAUUAAGAGUUAAAGAUGGGGAGAACGACAUUCUUCAACAAAGAAUCCAACAAUAUGACAACCGAUGGUCAGAAUAUGAGCGGAAAAUGAAGUCAAUGGAAGAAAUGUGGCAGAAACAAAUGAGAUCACUGCAAUCAAGCCUAUCCAUUGCAAAGAGAAGCCUAGCCGCUGAUGAUUCAGAUGCAUCAGUCAAUAAUGACUCCAGCUACGGAUCACCAGUUGACUAUACGAGGCCAACAAAUACAGGUCUGAGUGUUAUAAGCAGACUGGCCCAAGAGUUUGAUCAGAGGAGCCGAAUAUUUGGUGAUGAUGCCAAGUUCUUGGUGGAAGUGAAAUCCGGUCAGGUGGAUGCAAAUUUGGACCCGGAACAGGAACUCAGAAGGCUAAAGCAAAUGUUCGAAGGGUGGAAAAAAGAUUACGGAUCGAGACUGAGGGAAACAAAGGUGAUCUUGAACAAGCUAGCAAGUGAUGGAGGAAGUGGUGAGAAAAUGAAGAAGAAAUGGUGGGGAAGAUUAAACAGCACAAGGAUGAGUUGAUGAAAAUAGGUUAAAUAUAUCCAAAUAUAUACUACACAACAGACUAGUGCAUGUUAUGUGAUUUUUACAUAAUAGAUAUAUACACGUCUACAUGCUCUAAAAUGGUCACCACUGGAAAACUACAUGAGGGUUGAUUAUCACUUCUCCAAAUUAUCCUACUGGAAGUUGAGAUCUAUUCAUUGAGUAUGAGCUCAAAUUAAUUUUUUUUUGAUA